AUGGAAAGGAAUGACAGCAACUUUACCCCUCGUAAAGGGCUCAGUGAUGCCACCUCAACAGAGGUGAGCGAACAAAAGAACAACAUGAGAGGAAUGGGAGUGUCGUUCAGUGAUAGAGCUCAUGUCCUUCUGAUGAAGCAGAAGAAGUUUCUUUACCACUUCAAAAACGUCCGCUGGGCCAAGGGGCGGCACGAGACCUACCUGUGCUACGUGGUGAAGCGGCGGGACAGCGCCACCUCCUUCUCACUGGACUUCGGCCACCUUCGCAACAAGUCCGGCUGCCACGUGGAGCUGCUCUUCCUCCGCUACAUCUCGGACUGGGACCUGGACCCGGGCCGCUGCUACCGCGUCACCUGGUUCACCUCCUGGAGCCCCUGCUAUGACUGCGCCCGGCACGUGGCCGACUUCCUGCGGGGGAACCCCAACCUCAGCCUGAGGAUUUUCACCGCGCGCCUCUACUUCUGUGAGGAUCGCAAGGCGGAGCCCGAGGGGCUGCGGCGGCUGCACCGCGCGGGGGUCCAGAUCGCGGUCAUGACCUUCAAAGACUAUUUUUACUGCUGGAAUACGUUUGUAGAAAAUCGUGAAAGAACUUUCAAGGCAUGGGAGGGGCUGCAUGAAAAUUCAGUCCGACUUUCCAGACAGCUUCGACGCAUCCUUUUGCCCUUGUAUGAGGUCGACGACCUUCGAGAUGCAUUUCGUGUUUUGGGACUUUGAAAACAACCCCUGGAAUGUCACAUACAUUGGAAUGCCUGAUGAAAUGAGUGGACAGAUGAGCAGUCCUUUAAGUGUCUGUUUUUCUUCUUCAACUCUCACUUUCUUAGAAUGUAGAGAAAAUGUAUUUUAUUGAUUUUUAAAGUUAUCCAUGUCUACAAAGUAGAGAAGCUACAAAUGUCCCUUCAAGAAUGGUGCUACAACUGUGUUGAAUGCAAUGUCAUCCUCUGCUGGAGAAUAACAGAAUUUCAAGACUUUGAAUGGUUCUAAAGUGUCCAUGUUCUACGACCUUAAAGCAGAUGAAAGCAGAAGGUUUAUGCUUAGAAAGCACAGUGAGAGGAGCAAAUGCUUUGUUCGCUUGAAUUGUUCAUGGUAUCAGACACAGACUUUUCUACUCCUUUCCUCUGAGGUUCAUUUCCAAGUAACCUCUUCUGUCAGGCCAUGAUCCUGAUGAGAGAAUCUGGCCUAUUGAAAGCCCAAGCCCUCUCUCAAAAGCAUUAAUAAGCAAGCCUGUUGUGUAUAUUUUCAUUGCCUGGUAUGUUUUUAUAUCUGUAUGUCAGAGGAUUCAGGGUUGGGGUGUGAAUAUGCAUGACCACCUUCAGGUGAUUUUAAUAAAGACUCUUAAAAUGGA